GUGGAGCGAGCUCACCUCAACAAUCUCCAGCAUUCAAUAUCAAAGAGUGAUGUUGCGGAUGCAUUCGUUUUCAGAGAAGCUGAUCGUUUCAAACAAGCGAUGGAGAGAUGGGAGAAAGAUGGAAUAACAGGCGUUAUCGACCAUGUAGCCAACAUCACUGAGGACAGUAAGCUCUGGCCGAUAGCUAGAUUAAGUAGAGGUGUUUUACGAGUACGAAAUGGUGUAGCAAAUGUAGCUUCAAGAGUUCUUCCAACUAUGGGUCAAGAUCGUAUUGAAGAACUUCUGCAGCGCUACGUAACAACUUUGAAUUGGUAA